AGACGCCUAGCCGCUUGGGUGCUGCUGCGCAUGCGCCGGCGGACCAGUGGCUGAUUCUUCAUGGUCGCCGCCUCCACCGAGGUCGGCCCUGGCUGGAUUUGAGUCUCGCGCUCUCUCCGUUCGCUUACCGGCGGGUUCGCUCCCCAUCUCGCGCCCCAGGACGGCGAGGCUGGGCAAAGGGUUGAAAGGGGGCUGUUGAUCGCCGCCUUUAACUUGUGCGUGGGGCGGCCAUGUCGGCCGGCGAGGUGGAGCGCCUGGUGGAGCUGAGCGGCGGGACCGGAGGGGAUGAGGAGGAAGAGUGGCUGUAUGGCGGCCCAUGGGACGUGCACGUGCAUACUGAUUUGGCAAAGGAUCUAGAUGAAAAUGAAGUUGAAAGGCCAGAAGAAGAAAAUGCCAGUACUAAUCCUCCACCUGGAAUUGAAGAGGAAGCUGCUGAAAAUGGCGUGGCAAAACCGAAAGUGACUGAGACUGAAGAUGACAGUGAUAGUGACAGUGAUGAUGAUGAAGAUGAUGUUCAUGUCACCAUAGGAGACAUUAAAACUGGAGCACCACAGUAUGGGAGUUAUGGAACAGCACCAGUAAAUCUUAAUAUCAAGGCAGGGGGAAGAGUUUAUGGAAAUACAGGAACCAAAGUCAAAGGGGUAGACCUCGACGCGCCUGGCAGCAUUAACGGAGUCCCACUCCUGGAAGUAGAUUUGGACUCUUUUGAAGAUAAGCCAUGGCGGAAACCUGGUGCUGAUCUUUCUGAUUAUUUUAACUAUGGCUUUAAUGAAGACACUUGGAAAGCUUACUGUGAAAAACAGAAGAGGAUACGGAUGGGGCUCGAAGUUAUACCAGUUACUUCAGCAACAAAUAAAAUUACGGCCGAAGACUGUACUAUGGAAGUUACACCAGGUGCAGAGACCCAAGAUGGCAGAUUCAAUCUUUUUAAGGUACAGCAAGGGAGAACUGGAAAUUCAGAGAAAGAAGCAGCACUUCCAUCUACAAAAGCUGAGUUUACUUCUCCUCCAUCAUUGUUCAAGACUGGCCUGCCACCAAGCAGAAACAGCACCUCUUCUCAGUCUCAGCCAAGUACUGCCUCCAGGAAAGCCAGUUCAAGCGUUGGGAAGUGGCAGGAUCGAUAUGGGAGGGCCGAGUCACCUGAUCUAAGGAGAUUACCUGGAGCAAUUGAUGUCAUUGGUCAAACAAUAACCAUCAGCCGAGUAGAGGGAAGACGGCGGGCAAACGAAAACAGCAAUAUACAGGUCCUUUCUGACAGAUCUGCCACUGAAGUAGACAACAAUUUCAGCAAACCACCUCCGUUUUUCCCUCCAGGGGCUCCUCCCACUCACCUUCCACCUCCUCCAUUUCUUCCACCUCCCCCUACCGUCAGCACUGCUCCGCCUCUGAUUCCACCACCAGGUAUUCCAAUAACUGUACCACCUCCAGGUUUCCCCCCUCCACCAGGCGCUCCACCUCCAUCUCUUAUACCAACAAUAGAAAGCGGCCAUUCAUCUGGUUACGACAGCCGUUCUGCACGAGCAUUUCCAUACGGCAACGUUGCCUUUCCCCACCUUACCAGUUCUGCUCCUUCGUGGCCUAGCCUUGUGGACACCACCAAGCAGUGGGACUAUUAUGCACGGAGAGAGAAAGACCGAGACCGAGACAGAGACAGAGACAGAGACAGAGAGCGAGAAAGAGACCGGGACAGAGAAAGAGAGCGGACCCGAGAGAGGGAGCGGGAGCGGGACCAUAGCCCCACCCCAAGUGUUUUCAACAGUGACGAGGAGCGGUACAGAUACAGGGAGUAUGCAGAAAGAGGCUACGAGCGCCAUAGAGCGAGUCGGGAAAAAGAAGAGCGGCACAGAGAGCGGCGGCACAGGGAGAAAGAAGAGACCAGACACAAGUCCUCUCGCAGUAACAGUAGACGUCGUCAUGAAAGUGAAGAAGGGGACAGUCACAGGAGACACAAGCAUAAAAAAUCUAAAAGAAGCAAAGAAGGAAAAGAGGCUGGCAGUGAGCCCGUCCCUGAACAGGAGAGCACCGAAGCCGCGCCCGCCGAGUAGGCUCAGCCUCUUAUGUGUGCUAGUCCCAGGAAUAGAUGCUAAAAAUCUUAUUUUUCUGGAUAAUGUUUAAGACAUAUACCUUUAAUCUUGUUCUGUUAGAAUGAAACGUUAACUUUUUCUUUUCCAAAAUAAAAGUAUGCAUUUUUUUGUGUUAAAUUAAGAAUCUUUGUCUUGUAAUAUUUAAAGAAUGAAAACAAAGAAAUGACUCUAUAUCCAAAAAGGUAAUGUGAAUGAGUCAGCAGGGGAUUUAGAGCAAGGCUGGCUGUGUGUCCACAGCGUGGUGAAGGUCAAGGGCUCACCGUGGCUCGCUUUCUAGGUAGUGGGGUACUGUCACAGAAGAGGUGCUGCAGAAGACCCCUCCUGAAGCAAAGCCAGGCUUCAUCUUACUGCUGUGACACUCCUGCAUGUUCACGAACUUGGACACAUUCUUGAUGUCAGUUUUGCUAGCAGUUUUUCAGUGUUCUGGAUUUGGGUCCUUGGGAACUGAAUGGACUGUUUCUAUAUCUAAAAUAAAAAAUGGUAUGAGGCAUUUGGGUGGCCCCUGUGGCAUGUCUUACGUGCUUCCCAGCAGUCACGAGUAUAGACACACUUAACUGGCACAGCAUUGGACCACUUCAUGGUCAUCUGCUUGAGCAAGGAUCAUGGUGGGUUUUGGCUGCUGUUAACAUGUUUUCCAAGGCUCAAUGGCAGAGUAGAAUGUGGGUCUUUUUUUGGGGGGGGGGGUAGCACUGUUUCCGUAUUAAGAGAAAAAAUAAACUCAGUGACAGUACUAUAUUAGAUCAGUUUCUUAUUAAAACCAAACACAAGCUUUAAAUCUGAACUGAUCCCAGGAGGGAUUGCAGAGAGUCGGGCAGGGAACUUGGUGUGUGGAAGGAUGAGAGCCACAAGUUAAGAGGACAGCUGUCACUUAGAAAUACUUAUUUUUCCUUUAAAUCCUCUGCCAUUAAAUUUAAGUGCCCACAAUGUGCUCCUUCUUGAGCUCCACUUACACCGUAUUUUCAACUGAUUUAAAUUAAGUGUGGCAUACAAACCAUUUUAGUUUUUAUGGGCCUUUUAUUGAAUAAAAAAAUAUAAACUUAAAGAUCUGGAGUGACGAGAAAUCCUCCACACCAAAUAAAAACUAUCAUGAGUUUUUAUUUUUGAGAACGUUCUCUGAGGUGCAACUUGCUUUCAUAAUGUCAUACUUUUUCUGGCAUUUUUUACAAUAUAUUCUUUAAAUAUAAAAAUUGACAAGAUAAAUACACUUUUACUUAGCCUAUCUGUGAUUUUUCUAAGAUCCAGCGUUGAUUUUAUAAAAAAGUACCAGGCCAAGAAGCAAUAGUGAGAGUAAUUCUCCCUUUCAGUUCUUUGAGCAUCCUUGCCAAGCAAGCAUGUACCAUGCCCGACGUACUUCUACCGUUGACAGCAAGAAGAAUGUCACCACAUCUAAAAUAAAUAAAGAACCACAGGAUUGUGAUCAGAAUCACUUCAUAGUUGAAGUUACUCAAAGUGGAUUUGGGUGGUCCUAGUGUUUGCCGUACUUGUUCAUUUUAAUUCUAAUUAGAUUUUCCCCUCUUCACUUAAAUUCUCCAGUCAGCUUGUGUUAGAAGGUAUAAUAAGUAGUAUAGGAGAUUGCAAUAUGGGACCAUGGUUGGUUAUAAUCUUUGUUACUACCUAACUAGUUCACUCAUGUUUUAAUUUCUCACUCUUCAAGAAAGUAUAAUAUAUGCUUUCUUUCGGGGGUGGAGGGCAAGUUUUUACAUGUAGAAAACAAAAUACUUGAAUAUUUUUGCUAAGUAAUUAUUACCUAAUUCUUCCAUCGUUGUAUGCUGGUGUUCCUUCGACAAUGGAUUUGAUAAAAAAAGGUUUGUUACCACUGUAUUCUUCAUAGCCUCCUACAAUGUAGAAGCCCAGACUUCCAGCUGUGUUCCUCCGUAAUAUCACAUCUUUACAGUUAUAUAAGUACCUGAAACAGAAUAUAAUUAGUGUAUGUACAGCUGAGUUUACUAGUUGUCACUUCAUCACUUUUUUUUUUUUUUGGACACUUAAAAAGUGAAAAGUACUGCGUGUAUGUCUCCCUCAGAAAUAAAUGAUAGAACCUUUUAUGCUCUUAACCAGUGUUUGUAUUUGGUCUCGCUUUGCUAUAGUUAAGUAUAUUUUCACCAAAAGGACUUAGUAUUAUGUUUUGUUUGUGUCUCUACUGAGAAAGAUGGUCAUGGCAUUAGCUAAGGACACAGUAAUGCAUGAGCUAAAAGUUGGAUAUGCCUUAAUACUUCUAAUGAUAAGCCACAGUGGAAGGUACUGAGGGAAUAUAAUUUUUAUAUGCUUGUGGGUUUACAUAAUUCCUAAAGACAAACAUCCUCUGAAUUAGUGAUUAGUCACAAGGAAAAUAACGUAUGCUAACGGGCUUCCUUAAUUUGUAGAGUUUCUAUUGACCCCUAGAAAAUACUGGUUUAAACUCACAUAAACUUGCAGGAAACUGUAGACAUAAAACAAAUGGAAACUGGGACAAAAAUAGUAGAACAGUUGUUGUAGGAAGAAAACCAACAUGGCAUAAACUGAAGCAGAAAGUACAAAGGGAAUGGAAGAAGGACAGACCACAGCUGGCCUGAUAAUCAGUAGAAUCCUCAACUAGGGAUAGUCGUGGCUGUUAGAGCAGAGUUAGAGCUAAGUGUAAACUGCCUUAUCACAAUAAGGAAGUGUUGGGCACUGGAGUUUGCUCUAGGGUCCCUUGUCUACCAUGUGUGUCUAUGGUCUAGGAAUUGCUUUAACUGGAAGAUAGCAUUCUUAUGUUGGUAGAAUUGAAGAUGUUUUGUUUAUAGACUGUACCUUAAAAUAAUCACUUGCUUUUUGAUAAUCAAUAAAAAUGAUCUUGUGAAAUGUUAA